UCCACUCCGUCAAUCCGAAUCUGCUUCAAGACUGACCGGUAAAUUACAGUGACUUCGGAUGAUAUGAGAGCCCUCAAGGAUGAUUGGCUUACAGAUAACAACAUCGCCUUCUGGGAGGAGUUUUUGGAACGCGAGGUUCUCUCGAAAUACCCACAGGCCCAUAUCGUCUUGUUGCGACCCUCCAUGGCCUUCCUAUUAAUGGCGAACCACAACACGGAGAUGGUCAAGUCCGCCCUGCCCGAUUUCCGGGGUAUCACCCAUAUCUUUCUGCCGAUUAACGACUGCCAAAACCUCGAUGGUGGUGAGAGCGGGACCCACUGGUCUUUGUUACUCGUGAGCAUUAUCGACGGUGUCGCAUUCCAUUACGAUUCUAUGCACGGAAGCAACACCCGUCACGCCCGGUCUGCAGCUGAGCGACUUGGCUCGCUUCUUCAAAUGAAGCUCGAUUUCCACAAUCUGCCCGAUAGCCCUCAGCAAGAGAAUAGCUCUGAUUGCGGUGUCUUCGUAUGUAUCAUCAUGCGACAUCUGCUUAUGAAGCGACUCCUUGCUGUCAAUGCAGGAAAAAAGAUUUCGAUGAGCAUGGCCCACAAGGCGAUCGAUAGCUACGGAGCCCGCAAGGAAAUGCUCAAAAUAAUCGAGAACCUGCGAAGAGAGGGCGAGCGACGCCGCCUAACCCCCAGCAACACACCACCCCGAAUCGAGUGAAUAUUGUCAACUAGCAGAACCGCCUUGUUAGCAGAGAUUCCUUGCAAAAUCUUGCUUACACUUGGCCCGAUUUUUUUUCGUGGCAGUCGCCUUACCUUUGGCGACAUCGAUCAGACAUUGUUCUGAAUAUUGUUAUCAGUGUAUUGCCACU